CUGCGCCCUUCAGACACACCGCUGCUCCAUCCACUCCCACCGUCCACACCGCAGCAGACAGCUCAUCCUCAUCCUCCACAUGAUGAUGGGGCACCUGCUGCCCGGCUCGGCGUGAUUCCAGCAGUAGAGCCGGGGAGGUGGAGGAGCACCGGAGCGGACUGAAACACCGCAGCUCUCCAUCCUGCGGGCUCCAGACAUGAAGCCCCGUCUGCUGGGCUUCAGCAGGACCACUCGCACCUUCAUCUCGGCGUGCCUGAUCUCCGCCUGCCACGCCGCCCACCGCAGCUGCGAGGAGCUGCAGUGCGCGGCCGGCCAGCAGUGCUGCCCGCCCGGCGGCCCCGCCGGGAACAACGGCAGCAGCAGCGGCAGCGGCGGCAGCAGCGGCGCCGCGCUGCGCUGCUGCAAGCUGCCCAUCCACAUGUUCUUCGACAACGUGGGCUGGAUCACGCGGAAGCUGUCGGGCAUCCUCAUCCUGCUGCUGCUCUUCGCCAUGGGCUACUUCAUCCAGCGGAUCAUCUGCCCGCGGCCCCGGAGCCGGCACCACCGGAGCCGCACGGAGCGCUGCGAGGAGGAGGAGCCCUCCUCCUCCUCCCUGUUCAACGCGUCCGCGUCCCAGGACUCGCUGCUGGCCCGGUACUACCCGGAGCGCAGCCUCGGGGGCUUCAGCUCGCCCAGCCUGCCCAACUACGACGAGGUCAAAUACCUGCCCACGUACGAGGAGAGCAUGCGGGAGGUGCACAUCAGCAGCAGCAGGGACCGCUCCGAGGAGCACUUGUUGUCGGGGAGCGAGGGACCGAGGUCCGGGGGAGCAGCAGCGGGAGAUCCCGCCUCUGCUCCCCCGGACCUCGGACCCAGAGGUCCGGGGGAGCAGAGGCGGGAUCUCCCGGCACCGCAGCGCAGCCCAAGGACAUCUCGGAACUCCGUUUGA